UUCAAUGCCUUUUUGGAACACUAUGGAAAACUGCCUAAGAGCUUCACAACCACUUCUCAUUGCUUUGAGGAUAGCAGAUGGAGAUGAGACACCAGCAGCUCCUGAAAUUAUGGCAGCCAUGGAUGUUGCAAAGAAUACCAUCAAAGAAUCAUUGAAAGAGAAGCCAAGUUUACUUAAGGAUGUAUUGGAGUGCUAUGACAAGAGAUGGGAAACUCAAAUGGAGCAAAAACUAUAUGGGGCAGCCCUCUUUUUGAAUCCAGGGAAGUAUUUUGACAUAAGAGAGAAAGAUAAGAGACAAGCUGCAAGGCUAAGAUCAAUGUUCAAUGAUGUUUUCUGGAAGAUGGUGAGUGAUGAUGAUGAACAAACCCAGAUUAGUAAGCAAGCAGAUGAUUAUGAGAGGUCUGAAGGUGAUUGCUUCUCAAAGCCUUUAGCAAUCAGAGAUAGGAGUAAAAAAAAUCCAAUUCUUUGGUGGGGCUCAUAUGGUGGCCUAGCAUUUGAGCUCCAGAGUUUAGCAAAAAAAAUUAUUAGCCUCUGCUGUUCUGCAUCUGGAUGUGAACGUAAUUGGAGCGCAUUUGCUCAUGUCCAUACCAAAAAGAGAAACCGGUUGGAGCAUAAAAGGUUAAAUAAGUUGGUGUAUGUUAGCUAUAACCGGAAGAUGCAAAACAGGUUUCAAAAAAUUAAAGAGAUGGGUUCCAAAGGAAAGAAAUGCAACCCACUCUUGCUUGAGGAAUUCCAAUGGGAAAGUGAAUGGGUUGAUGAAAAUUCUGAAACAGUUCAUGGUGAUGGCGAUUCUUUGACAUGGACUGCUGUGGAUGAAGUGGCUGGUGCAACUCAAGGUCUAAGGGGGCGUCACUUGCCUAGGGCUGCUGCUGCUCGUGCUGCUACUGCUGUCAAACAGACCUAUGCUAGGAAUCGGAAGCGUCCAAGAAACACACCCGCCCAAGAUAAUGUUGAUGCAGACACAGAUGAUAGUGAUGUGGGAGAUGAAGCACAAGAUGAGCCAGAAGAUUCUGAUUCAGCAACAGCCAUGGAGGAGGAUGAAGAAGCUGGAGAUGGACACUUCCAGUUGGAUGAUGAUUUACUUAACUAAUAAUUAGUCAUUAGCUCUAGCCUCUAGCAAGAGGCCUUUAUUUGUGUGUUUUCAAUUAUUGUACUGAACUAUUGAACUUUGUUUGGUUAUGUAUGCUGCAUUGCUGCUGUAGCAGU